AUGACAGAUUUGGGUUUGUUGCACCAUUUUCUUGGCAUGGGAGUGGUACAAACUGAUAAGCACAUUUUCAUUCACCAAAAGAAAUAUGCUAUGAAACUCCUUGAGAAGUUUGGAAUGAGAGACUGCAAGUCAGUGGCAAUUCCAUUAGUGGUGAAUGAGAAACUGUGUAAAGAAGAUGGAAGUGAAGCAGCAGAUGAAAGUGAAUUCAGACAGAUUAUAGGAAGUUUGCUUUAUUUGACUGCCACAAGACCAGAUGUCAUGUUUGCAUCUAGCUUGCUUGCUAGGUUUAUGCACAAUCCCACAAAGAAACACAUGGGAACUGCCAAAAGAGCCUCCAUCAAGCAAAGCACAAUUGCUUUGUCUACAGCCGAAGCUGAGUAUGUGAGUGCUGCAGAAGCAACUUCACAAGCUAAGUGGCUCAGAUUUGUUCUUGAGGACUUUGGUGAAGAACAGGUAGAAGGGACUCCAAUUUUAUGUGACAACACCUCUGCACUUGCAAUGGCAAGGAAUCCAGUUCAUCACCAGAAGACAAGACAUAUAAGCCGGAAAUUUCAUUUCAUUCGGGAAGCCAUUCAAGCAAAAGAAAUUGAACUCAUCUACUGCAAGACAGAAGAUCAAAUAGCAGACAUUUUGACUAAGGCUCUGCCUAAGGAUUGGUUUGUGAGGUUGAGAAGCCUACUUGGAGUGAAAUCAGCUAAAAGAUUAGAAGGGAGUGUUGAAAUAUAA